GGGGACCUACCGGGGCUGAUUCCCCUCCCCCCGCUGCGCUUCCCGGGAUUCCCCUGCCGCUUGCUGAGCUGAGCCGGGAUGGCGGGGGCUGUUUGCUCCUGGGUACCCGCCACAGGUUAGCGAGCCUAGAGCCGGGCAGCGAGCUUGGCGCCCCCCCGCCUGGAAGGACCACCCACCCAGCGGAGCAAGUCAGCUUGCCAAGGUGCAGCCGGGGAGAAGGGGGAGGGGGGUCUGCUACUCCUCCCCAUCCCUAUCAUGAAUCCUCCUGCCGCCCGCCUCGCUCCCUGCUCAGCUGCGGGAGGGAAGCGCAGAGUUGCUGCGUGCGGGGCCAGAGAGCGAAUUACCGCCUGGCUUUCGCCUGGCAAACUGCAUCAAACCGGGGGGGAAUAUUAGCCGCCGCUCUGCGGGCUGAAUGCAAAGGAGCAGCCUAGGGCUCCGGGCUCCCUCCAGCCCCCGCCAGGCAGCAGAGGCGUUUUCGCUGGAGCCUUGGCCCCCAAAGAGGAGCCGGGUGGACCCACUGCAUCUUCUGGAUACUUUCGGGUUUCAUCCGCUGGAAGAAACUGGGCUUUAGAGAAAUCCAACCCGCUGAGGGUGAGAGUCUGACCCUGCCUGGCCCAGGAGCACGGGACGGUGCAGGCAGCUGUGACAAGGAGCCACCCUCGAGAGGGGCAGAUCCUCCCUCCCCCGCGCGUGGGGUCCCCCUGCACGGCUGGGAUGCGGUGACCCAGGUACUAAAGGAACCAGUCUGUCCAGCUUGGCUGGAGCUGGGGGCUCCCUGGCUGCAGCCUUCCUGCUGCUCAAAGGGGCUGGAACUAGGGGGGCUGCCCCCCCCCCGCUUGACGUGGUUUCCAUCACAUCCAGGGUUUACAGUUUGGUUCAACAGCUCUCAGCACCCCCACUGUACAAAUGGUUCCAGCGCCCCAGCUCCUGCUCCUCCUCUGAAGGGAAUGCAGCUGCUCCCCAGCCAUGCUGGGCUACCCUGUGCCAGGUGGAGACGGCCCUGGUAGUUGGAUUUAGAGGGGACCAGGACUUCCUGCAGCGUGAGAGGGGGGCCCGCCCAGCCCUGCCUCCCCACCCCCCUCCCAGCCCACUCAGGAUGCUGGCCGGCUGGAGAGAGCUCUCUGCAGGGAUUGGUGCCACGCUUUGCUGCCUCCUCUUCUUCUGGCUCUUGUAUUCUCAUCCACCUAAGGAAGGGAAGGAGCUGGAGGUGGGGACGUGUGAGAUUACGGCACUGAACAGAGACCUCAGCCACCCCAGGAGGAUGAUCGCCCGGCAGACAGCACGCUGUGCCUGCAGGAGAGGCCAAGUCGCAGGCACAACGAGGACAAAACCUGCCUGUGUGGAUGCUCAGCUCAUUGUCAGUAAGCAGUGGUGCGGGAUGGAGCCCUGUGAUGAAGGGGAACAGUGCACUUUGUUAAUAAAUCAUUCAGGCUGGAGCUGCACUAGACGACUGGGCCGAAUAAAAACCAUCACAGUCUCCUGACAGCAGCAGCUGAAGGCCUGAGCCUGGUGCCUCCACUCCUGGCUGCCGCAGCAGUAUAAAUACCGCCGCCCUGGGGCAAGGGGCCAGCCCCUCUGUCCGCUCCCCGGUCUCCUUGCAGCAGGGCCUGGUAAGACACUGCUCUGCAGCCCAUACGCUGGACACAGAACCGCCUAGGCCGGGAGCCCUGCUCUGUUGCCGGCUGGGAUGAUGUCAAACAGCUGGAAAGACGUGUCGGGUUUACCCCUAUCCAAUGGAUUUCUGGCGUCCGGAGGGGUUUUAACUGAAAUGCAUCUUUCUGCAAACCUUUGCAUUGUGAACAGAGGGAGCAGCCCCUUGGCACCCAGAGGGUUAAAGAGUGGGCAUAUUUGCUGCGGCUGGCUCACUAGGGAGCAGCCCAGGUGAGACCCAAGGAGAGACGGACGCAGACUGAUGUUCAACCACAGCGGAGCUGAGAGUUGGGGAUUUCUGUCCAUCACCUUGAAGCAAACUCUCUCUUAUUGUAUUUCUCCUCCUCUCCCAAUCUGCAGAGACAGAGAGGAUGCAGAGGGGACAGCUCCAGAGAGAAGGUGCUAAGGUCAUCUCAUCUCGACCCCACUGGUUCACCUUCAGCCCUUUCGAGAGUCCCCUGAGGUUGUGGGGCUGUCUGAGCCAAGCCCUCACCCCACACCCAGCAGCACAGGUUCCCCACAGGCUGCUGUGAGUUGUUCCAUAGGGAAACACUGAUUUGAUGAGUUUCUCUUCCCUUUCCAUUUGCAACUUGUCCAUCAGCAGCUCACAAUUUCCCCAGAUUUAUUCAGCAGCUCAGAACAAAUGGCCAAAUUAUUCCUACAAAUAAAUUCUCAGCCUGUC